AUGUCAAAAGACGACGACGACUCAGCAAGUGAUUAUUCUGAUAUUCAGUCUUGUCACUCGGAUGAAGAAGAAGAUCUCGAAGACUACAAAAAGGGAGGAUACCAUCCUGUCUCGAUAGGCGAUCGUUAUGACGAUGGGCGCUACCUUGUCUUGAGGAAGCUCGGCUGGGGCCACUUUUCGACCGUUUGGCUUGCACUGGAUACAAUGACAGAUUCUCAUGUUGCACUCAAGAUUGUAAAAUCUGCAAAUCGAUACACUGAUAGUGCAUUAGAAGAAAUCAAAUUACUCGAAUGCGUAAAGAAGACGAAUCCCGAGGCAAAGGGCUAUCGGCAUGUGGCUCAAUUGUUGGAUCAUUUUUGGCAUCAGGGACCCAAUGGAAAGCACGCCUGUAUGACAUUCGAGGUGUUGGGAGAAAGUUUACUGUCCUUGAUGAAACGAUACAAUUACAAAGGUAUCCCUCAACAUAUCGUGAAACGGAUUGCAAAGCAAGUUUUGGAAGGUUUGGACUAUUUGCAUCGAGAAUGUGGUAUUGUUCAUACGGAUUUAAAACCGGAAAACGUGCUGGUUUGGAUUCCAAACAUUGAGGAUUAUUUGAAGAAGGAUACAGCCGAGAUUUUAAAAGAGAUCCAACAAAAGGAGGCCAUGACGCUCACAGCAUCACCUACACAAGUACAACCACAACAGCAACUACAACCAAAUCAACCAUGGCUAGACCCAUCAGAAUCAACUGGACUGAGCAAGUCUCAGAAAAAACGACUCAAAAAGAAGAAGAAAAUGAAGAGCUUGCAAGAGGCCAGAGAGGAAGCUCUAGACAAAGGGGACAUGGGGGAUUUACAAGAUAAGUUGGGGAAUCUCAGGAUUUCGACUAGCUGGAAAACGCCAACAGAAGAAGUCAAGGUGAUACCAUCCUCAAUUUUAGACAUCACAUCAAUUGAAGUGGAUAAAGAGGGCAUGAAAGUGUUUGACGACAUUGUAGUAAAGAUUGCAGAUCUCGGCAAUGCGUGCUGGAUGGACGGCGAAUACACACAUGUCAUUCAGACUCGACAAUACCGUAGUCCAGAGGUGAUUGUGGGAUGCAAAUGGACAAACGAGGCUGACAUGUGGAGCACAGCAUGUAUGAUUUUUGAACUGCUCACAGGCGAAUUCCUAUUUGAUCCAAGAGCUGGGUCCAAGUACAAUAAGGACGAUGAUCACCUUGCUCAAAUAUUAGAAUUAAUGCGAACCGUUCCAAAGGUGUUGAUAUCUGGUGGUGAAUUUUCGCGCGAGUUCUUUGACCGUACCGGCAAAUUAAAGCACAUCAAAAAGCUUCGCUACCGUAGACUGAGGGAUGUGCUCCAUGAUACUUUCUUAGUGCCACCAGAAGAUGCUGAUGCUGCUAGUGUAUUCUUACUACCAAUGCUUGAAAUGGACAUGGCCAAAAGAGCACCUGCUAGUCAAAUGCUUGAAAGCCCUUGGUUACAAGAAACCGCAUAA